GGUGUCGGGUCACUGCUGCCCCGCGGCUGCCACUGCCAUUCCCUGCCCCGCAGCCGAGGCCUCCGCCGCCGCCUGUGUCGCCGCUGCGGGACUGGUUGUAUGAUUAGGCCACAGUCUUUAAUGAGUAAACAGGCUCCUGUCUGUGGUGUUCUCGGGCACGCCUUUAUGGAGCUUCUGAAGGGCCCCAGAGAUUACUGCCAGGCACAGCACGACCUUUUCGAGGACCAGUGAGCUGCAGAGGCGCGUUGCUCCUCCCCCGGGAAGCCGCCGGCCGAUCGCUUAUCCUGGGCGCGCACGUGUAGAGUUGAAAUCCUCGGAGCGUUUCCCAAGCGUUAAGACCUGGAUGGGGUAAACCCGGGCGCGCUCCCUUUCCGCUGACUCAGUAUUCCUGAACCCAAGGACGGCUGCUUGCGAGGGGGCUCGUGGCGUUUCCUGUGACUCUCCAUUACAUUUUCCCAAGCGUUGAGAAUUUCCGGUGGAGUAUAUGGGCGUAUCCUUCAGCUUCUUCACAUCACUUCUGCCUUCAAGCGUUGGAAACAUUUCAGCUAAAUGAACAUGGCUCCAGCGAGCCGGCCAGCCCCCGUGGAAGUCACGUACAGGAACAUGAGAUUCCUUAUUACACACAGCCCAACCAGCGCAACCUUAAACAAGUUUAUAGAAGAACUUAAGAAACACGGAGUUACUACAAUAGUAAGAGUAUGUGAAGCCACCUACGACACGGCUCUCGUGGAGAAAGAAGGCAUCCAGGUUCUGGACUGGCCUUUCGAUGACGGGUCAUCGCCAUCUAACCAGAUUGUCGACGACUGGCUGAGUCUCGUACACCUUAAAUUUCGGGAGGAACCUGGCUGUUGUAUUGCUGUCCACUGUGUUGCGGGUCUUGGGAGAACGCCAGUGCUUGUUGCCCUAGCCCUAAUUGAAGGUGGAAUGAAAAACGAAGAUGCAGUACAGUUUAUAAGACAAAAGCGGCGUGGAGCUUUUAACAGCAAGCAACUUUUGUAUUUGGAGAAAUACCGUUCUAAAAUGCGGCUGCGCUACAAGGACUCCAGUGGUCAUAGAAACAACUGUUGCAUUCAAUAAAACUUGGCUCCCUUAUGCUGUUGCCUUGGAAAUGGAACUUGAGACAGACUUAAUUAUCGUACAUAUUAGCCAACAUGUAGGCUUAAUGAAUCACCAGUCUAAUGAAGCUUCCAUAGGAAUCAUGAAAAAAACCACAAGCAUGACAGAAUUGCAGCCUCUAUAUUUGGCUUCAUACUAUUCCCAUGUCAGAAAAAAAAAA